AUGAACACCGGAGCCAUGGAAGGUUGGCCGUUCCCAAGCGACUUCCGCGACCCGAUCGAGGUAUGGGAUCUUCAGGGCAAGCUCAUGUUCUUCGCACUCUACACGGGCUUCUGGGCAUGCGUGGUGCUGGCGGUGUUCCUCUACACGCGGCUUCGCAGCCGCUGCAGCUGCCGUAGACGACUGCGUUCGCCAGCGAGGCGGCAAAGCAACGGAUUCGGGGAUCUGUCGAAGAUGUCGGAAGCCUUCGGCGAGAUGCCGCCCUUCCCGGAAAGCCAGGAGCUGGCAGAAGCCGUGAGGCAGUUGGCCGUGGUGCUCGAACAGCUAGGCGCGAGUGGCGAGAUCGUGGCUUUAUCGUUGCCCCGCAGCAGCGCACAGGUGGUGUCGAUCCUCGGCGCUUUGCUGGCGGGUGCCGGCUACCUGCCCAUGGACGACACGGGGCCAGAGGCAAGGAAGAGGCUCGUUCUGGAGGACAGCCGCGCGAAAGUGUUGAUCUCCGACGCCAACUCCCAGGAGUGCAAGCAGCUCGCCGCAGAUCUCGGGCUCCACUGGGUGGCGAUCUCCUCCUUCGGAAACUUCACGGUGACCGAAGCCCAGCGGGCACCGCUGCAGAGCGGCGCUGGCAUCUGUGACACGGGCGACGUGGCCAUGCUGAUCUACACGUCCGGAUCCACCGGUGAGCCCAAGGGCAUCGUCUACGACCAUCAGCAUCUCUUGCACGGUGCGUGGUUCUGGGCAGAGGAGCACGGGAUGUCGGAGAGCUCCGUCCAGCUCUUCAAGUCUCCCUACUUCUGGGCAGUCAUGGAGUGGGAGGUCUUCCCAGCCCUGAUCAGGGGUGGCAAGCUUGUCGUCGCUAGUGCCGAUGGCCACAAGAGCCCACAGUACAUGGCUCAAACCAUCGAGAAGUUCCACGUGGACGUGCUCAUGAUCACGCCUUCCGUCUUGGACUUGCUCCUGGACGUUGCGCAGGGCUCCUUGAGGGGUCUCCGUGUCAUCACGACCGUGGGUGCAGUCGCGGCGCAGCAUCUCUUUGUGCUGCCCUCCUCCUUGCCAAGGCCACCGUGGGCUGUCAGUGACCCUGCGGAACUUCUACGGCGCAUCCGAGAGUUCCUGCAGCUUGGCUGCGGUUGCAUUCGAACUUUCGUAGACGCAGCCCGCAUGUGCAAGCCGCCGCUGCAGUUCCUGCUGAAGACAAGUCUUCAGCGAGUGUUGGGCGUGAAAGGUAGCUUGAACAAUUCCUACAUUACAGGCACCGUCUACACGGUGCCCGAGCACGGUGUCGACACGGAUCUGUACCCGCGGUUCGUUCCAGCCGGCAUUCCGCAGCCUCACGUCAGCGUGCUCCCUGGCUUUGACUCAGAAGACACGUUCAUCAUGGCCGAGGACAGCUUCGAGCUGAUGCCUCCGGGAGAAGCUGGAGAGAUCUGCUUCGGAGGCGUGCUGGCUGCGCGCUACUGGCAACGUCCGGAACUCACGGCCGCGAAGUUCGUGCCCACGGCCGUGCUGAUGAAGUUUGAGCCACAGCAGACGCAGCAGGAGGAGUGUGCCUUCCCGCAUGCAAGGGCUUUUGACAAGAAG